CACAUAACCGAUUGUGCCCAUUCAGCUAAAGAAAAUCACAUAUUCAAAUUUAAAAAAUGGUUGAGUGGGAAAAAUAUUAUAUGGAUUUAAUGUUUGUACCAUGUGGAUUUCUCAUCCUUGUUUUAUAUCAUUUCUGGUUAUGGCAUAUGACUCGAACACAGCCAUUCACCACAACUUUGGGAAGAGAUGCAGAUGGUAGAAGAUUUUGGGUUCUUGCGAUGAUGAAGGAUAUUGAGAACAACCUCGUUGCAGUCCAAAGUCUUCGAAACCUAAUAAUGGGAACAACGCUAAUGUCAACAACAUCAAUUUUCCUAUGUGCUGGUCUAGGAGCAAUUAUAAGCAGCACUUAUAGUGUCAAAAAACCAAUCAAAGAAUCAGUUUUUGGAGCACAUGGUGAUUUUGUGGUAGUACUAAAAUAUGCAAUAGUACUAACAAUAUUAUCAUUCUCAUUUGUGUGCAACACUCUCUCUUCAGCAUUUAUCAAUCAAGUGAAUAUGCUAAUUUGCAUUCCACAAAAUGUUAAGUCUAUGGUGACCCCAGAAUAUUUGUCCCAACAUAUUGCAAAGGCUAUGUUACUAAACUUAGUUGGAAAUAGGCUUUUCUAUACUGCAAUUACAAUUCAACUUUGGAUCUUUGGGCCAUUGUUACCUUUCCUCUCUUCAAUGUUAAUGGUUUGUAUACUAUAUAAUCUUGACUUUGUUGGUGGGACCCGCCCUAAGAAUGAAGAGAUGGAUUUUAUACAUAGUGAUGCAUGAGUGAUACUACUAAAAAUAUAUUACAUUAUAGAGUCGUUUAAUAUGAAUCCGAUGUAAAGAUGGAAUUUACUUUUUUUAAGAAUGAUAUUGAAAUGUUUAAUUUGUAUCUUAAAUAAACCUAACUUGUGAAAUUAAUAGAAACUUAUUUUUAUUUA